UUCCGGUAGGGUGUGAGCUCGCAGCUAAGUCUGGAAUCACAAUUUUUCGCUUUCUCCGUCCUUUGCUCAGACUGUCAGUCCGCUGACGAUAACCCGGCGCCGUGCGUUGUCUCGUGUACAGUUACACUGAACGAACUUUCUAACAGCACGUUGUACUUUUCUGGAUCCGUGUUUUCAGGAAAAUGUCCAAGUCUCUGAAGAAGAUCGUGGAGGAGAGUCGGGACAAGAACCUCCCAGAGGUGGAGAUGUGCGACAGGGGCAUUUCCAACAUGCUGGACGUCCCGGGACUGUUCACUCUGUCUAACAUCACUCAGCUGGUCCUCAGCCACAACAAGCUCACAGCGGUGCCUGCUAACAUCUCUGAGCUGAAGAACCUGGAGGUUCUAAACAUGUUCAACAACCAGAUUGAUGAGCUGCCUACUCAGAUCAGCAGCCUUCAGAAGCUGAAACACCUCAACCUCGGACUGUAG